CGACAAGGGCAACGCUUGGCAAUCACUAUCUAGGUAUGUAGAGAGAGAGAGGAAUCGACCUACCGUACAUUCGACUCUCGAUGGGCGCGGGCGUGGGCGGAGUGUUCCCAGAGGCUGAGGAGCAAAUCAUCGAUCCUGGGGCGGUGUUUGUUGCGGAUGCUGCCCUGUCGCUCGGUUGGUCGGUCCUUUCCCUUCUUUCCCCGAUGCUCUCUCCAUUCUCCCUUCUCCCUUGCCCGGGCGGGCAGCCCUGGAGAGAGAUAGAGAGUAUGUGUGAGACGGGCGCGACUGGUGACUGGACGACGACCCUGGCCAACCUUCCUUCCAGGUUCCUUCCAGUGGCAUGGCAGAGAGGGAGAGAGAGAGGGAGGGAGAGAGUUGUUGCACCACCACCAUCACCAUCACCAAUACCACCAAUACCACCACCGUUUUCCCUCAACCGAUUUUCUCCGCUUCCCAUCCUGCUGCGUAUGAUGCUGGUGCUGGUGUGUUGUUGCUGUUUGUGCUGUUGCUGUUUGCUGCCUGCCCGGGGUGCUGCUGUGUGUGAUUUGCGGUACCUAACACCUAACACCUAACACCUUCCACCACCACCACCAGCACUGAUGGAUGACUGGCUUUUUCCCCCAUUGCUCUACCCACUACUAACCACUCACCACUCACUAUACACUACUACUCACUAUACACUACUACACACACGACACGGACACACCACGACUCCUCUCAUCCUCAUCCUCCUCCCAAGGUUUCUACUUCUCCGCCUGCUCCUCCUGCUCCUGCUCCUGUUACCCCAACUCCAACUCCACCGAACAUCCCCAUCAUCAUCCCACGCUCUUCCAUUCCUGGGGUCGUGCCACACACACACUCUCUCUCUCUGAUUUUAAAAAAAUCUGUACGUACUGUCCCGCAUCAAUCUCUCUCACGCACACACACACACACACACACACCCAAACCCAUACGCACAUGCAUCAACUUUCC